CAUCCACUGUCAAGCAAUCAUGGGUGUAUUAGAAAAGAUCAAGGAGAUCGAGGAGGAGAUGGCCCGCACGCAGAAGAACAAGGCGACGGAGUAUCAUCUCGGGCUUCUGAAGGCCAAGCUAGCGCGGUACAGAGCCCAACUACUAGAGCCCACAUCAAAAGGCGGCAAACCUGGAGAAGGGUUCGACGUGAUGAAGUCCGGAGAUGCGAGAGUUGCGCUCAUCGGGUUUCCUUCUGUUGGGAAGAGCACGUUCUUAUCGAAGAUGACCCGCACUGCAUCGGCAGUAGCAGCAUACGAGUUUACUACUCUUACUGCCAUUCCCGGAGUAAUAGACUACCAAGGCGCCCGGAUCCAGCUACUCGACCUACCAGGUAUAGUAGAAGGAGCCUCGCAAGGUCGCGGCAGAGGGCGCCAAGUAGUGAGCGUCGCUAAGACUGCAGAUCUGAUCAUCAUGAUGCUGGACGCUACAAAGUCGCAUGAACAGCGCCGACUGCUCGAGGUGGAGCUUGAAGCUGUGGGAAUCAGGCUGAACAGGGCUAAACCUGACGUGGUAUUCAAGCAGAAAUCCGGAGGAGGCAUCGUCAUAAACGCUACUGUAAAGCUGACCAAGAUUGACGAGAAGGCCGUGCGGACCGUCUUGUCAGGAUACAAGAUCCACAACUGCGAUGUGAUGAUCCGCGAGGACAUCACGAUAGACGAAUUCAUCGACGUCCUUAUCGGGAACCGGAAAUACAUACCCUGUCUCUACGUGUACAACAAGGUGGAUUCUAUCUCGCUAGAAAGGGUGGAGCAGCUGGCGCAGGAAGAUCACUCGGUAGUGAUAAGCUGUGAGAUGGGGCUCAACCUCGAUUAUCUCCUAGAACAGAUGUGGGAGGAACUCGGGCUCGUCAAGAUCUAUACCAAAAAACGCGGUACCCACCCAGAUCUGCACGACCCCAUCUGUCUCCGACGCGGCGCAACCAUAGAACACGUCUGCCACGGGAUCCACCGUUCCCUAGCGUCCAAAUUCAGAUAUGCGCUCGUCUGGGGUAAGUCGUCCAAGUUUAACCCGCAUGCGCAGAAGGUGGGGUUGGGACAUGCGGUGGCGGAUGAGGAUGUGGUUAGCAUUUUACAAAGUAGGGCCGUGCGUCGUGGAUAUGGGUGAGGCAGUGAGGUGAAUUGAAGUCUGUUGUAUCUGUAUCUCGGGCAAGAGAACAUGAAGAAUCAAAUUUCC